AUGUUAAACCUGAAUAUGAAAUUAGAGGACUCGAGUAUCAAAGGACAAGUGAAGGCCAUUGAUUGGCCAUUGAUUUGGAACUUCGAAAGCUGGAAUCUACACAGGCAUAUCAUACUAGAAUUGAUCAUCACCGGAAGAAUUGAUUUAUCAAAAUCAUUAUUAGAAGCACAGGCUAGAACAGUGUUUUUGCUUUAUACUGUUGUUCAGAAGGCAAAUUUGAAAAUGAAUUGUUGA